UAGUCUAGUCCGCCGGACCAACCACUUUUUUUGUGUGCCUGUGCUAUUAAAGAAAUUUCAAUUAUUUGUAAUCUUGACUGGUGACUACAAGGACCUUAUUAUUUUGACUAUAUUAUUUAAUUAACCUAUACCUAUAUUACGAAAUUAACCUACAUUAUAACCUAUAUCUAACUAAAACUCAAAAUCAAUAUUUAUUUCAUUCAAUAAUAAGAUUGUUGUACCUUGCGGUGCAACAAAUAAUUUUGUCGGGUUUAUUCCUGCCUUAAGAGUGGGAACACGCGAAAGAAGGAUUACGCUAGAGAUCCUUAAAAUAGGAGUCCGGACGAUCAUGUCAGCACUUUCAUUGGUUAGGAAAGGAAAUGGCGCGACCAAUCAUUGUCGUCGAAAUUCCAUUCCAAGUGCAGCGGUAAUUUGAAUGUGAUAGAAAAUAAAAAGAAACUCUUAUAAUUUAUUAAAUAAUUAAAUUUAUUUGACAGUAGAAUGCAUUGCCAUAGUUUUGUUAUUAUAAAGUGGUCGUCGCAGACGUUCUUUAACACAAUUAAUUUUUAUUCUAUAUUUAAUAAAAUAUUUCAUAAUUUGAUCAGCUAGAGUGUGACAAUUUUUUGAACUGUCAUUCUUAAUAUGAUUCAUUUUUCGUAAGAUAAAGUGAAGUUAAUCACAAUCUAUACCUAAUGAUCUUAAAUAUGGUAAAUAACGACGAAUAAUAAUUUCCAUCUCAUAAAAAUAAUUAAAAGUUUCAUUAUUAACAAAAGAUAAAGUAUCUGUUUUAUAGCAUGGUAUGCGAAGAAAUUUACAAUAUUUAUAACUAGAAUCAUUUUUUUUUGAUCCUACAGAAUGUAUGUAUCCUUUACAAACUUUAUAAUUUUUAGAAAUUUUCGAAAUAAUAUAAUUGUAAACACAAUAUAGAAAGCAUGUUUUUCAUUGUUAUCUAUUGUUAAACAACAAUUGUCUUAUCUUUUUAUUAAAUUUUUUUAUAUUAUUUUAUACGAAUAUAUACAUUCACUAUAUGUAUAUAUAUCAAUGGUGGACGCCAUUUAAUUUCUUACUAGAAUGUUGUCCGGACUAUGAAGACUAGAACCAGGAGACCGAUCUCUGUGGUUUUGAGUGAGGCAAAAAUCUGUUAGAAAUGUAGUACCAAAUGAUGGCGCUGACGAUGUUGAUACACCGGAAUAUAUUCCAACUCUAGAUAUAAUCGUCUAGUCUAAGUUUAUCGUAAUCAGCCGUGCUAGGGGGAGCGCCCCGAUUGACCACGUCCCAAUUGACCACCGCUUUUCUAAUUGGCGGUCCAACGGAAAAACUUUAAACAUUCAUUGCUGUAAAUGGUUGUGGUCAAUUGCAACGUGGUCAAUCAGGGCGCUCCCGUGCUAGGCUGUACGCAGUUGUUAUAUUGGUAUAAGAAAACUGAGAUAAGUACUUUAAAUGUAAAAUUGCUAAGAUUUUUAUUAUAAAUUUGCAUUUAUUGUCAAAUGCUUGUCGUUAUACUGCAUAUUGUUUUCGGUAAAUCAUUGUCGCCAGCGCCACCAUUUGGUACUACAUUUCUAACAGAUUUUCGCCUCACUUUUGAAAACAAAAUCAGGCUUAGUUCGGCUUCCUGGUUCUAGUCUUCAUAGUCCCGAUUUCUAUUUUAAGGGUCUCUAGGUUACGCUGGCAAGGUCCUCGAGUCACUGACACACUUGUUUUUGAUAAUUAAUAAAAUGUUUAUUCCCCCUAUAAUACACUGUAGUUUUUUAUACUUGCGGUCGGCGAAGGUGCUGCGUCGUAUUACACAGAGGUUAUUAGAUACGACGCGCGGCUCUGAAAUAGCGCGCUGUAUUCGCUCUCUCAAGGUGUGACUAAGUCCCGAACUCUAAGUUCCGUACUCUAAUCUCGCGGGCCGUACGUUGCAACGUUACUUUCCUCACGUCUGCAACUUCGCCGUGCUUCUCAACAAAAGGUUGGGCGCCAGGCGCGUAAUUCGCGCCGCACAAAACUCGCGAUACUCUCGGUACUUCGCACGACGGCCAAAUGCCGGCUAGUCCGCCUCUACACGAAAUGGCAGAGGGGCGAGGUUCUUUCUCGGCACGCGGAAUAGGAGAGGAGAGGUCUCGCGUGAAUAACUAGAUCGACUGAAUAAUUAUAAUAAGCAUGUAUUGAAGUUAGAAUGGCAACUGCGUUGCCAUCGAUUACAAUCUAUUCAUUAUAACGCACUGACCGGUACGGCUAUAGCGUACUUAACUCAACAUUUACAAUAGCUCAAAGCUUACUCUACACAGAGUACAAUCUACCUCAAUAUGACGACACACGACGUUAACAAUACUUAAUAGACGAUAAACGGGAUAGGCCGCUACGUAACGUGCGCAUUCCGUGUAGAAAUCAUUUGCGGAAGCCCGCCUCGGUAUUGCACAACUGGCUUACACUCUCGGUAUGCGGCCGAUGAAUCCCGGCGGAUAUUACUGUACGCGCUAUCCCGUCGCGAGACUUUACUUCUUACGCAAUUACAAAGAUCGACUGUCGGCUCGACAUUUUCCCUGAGGGAGGAGACAAUAGGCGCAAUAACUAUUCUAUACGAAGCGAAGAUCGACACGGCCCUGCUACGCGGUGACUCGACUCUCGGUAUCCCGAGAAUAAUAAAUCCGCCUACCGAACGCUCGGUAGGGUAAUUAAUUCUCACUAAAGGCCGGGCCGGCCGUCUUCGCUCUUACCGCGUGGUCGAAGUGGUGGCCUUACAAGCAGGGUAGCGUCGUCGAUGGCCGUGGAACCGCUCUUGUUGCUAUCUCACCGAACAGUGACGAACCGUGAGCGGUCGGGGGCGCCGCGGACGCCGGCAGCGGCCCGCGCAUCGAUCGCGCUUCGAUUUGCGUACACCGAUCGCUAGUCGAUGGGGGUCCUACGCCCGUCCUGCAGGAUCUCAGCGUCCGAGGGCGCCUCUGGUCAUGGCGCCGCGUAAUUUGAAGGCCGCGGAUUGCACGCUACGAUGUCCUUGGCUGUUUCGGCUGCCGCUGAGCCGGCUCGGGGUUGAUCAGGCCCCGUCCGGCCCACUCCUCGGGGCCGUGGCUACCGCGCCGGCUGGGGCUUCCUCCAUCCUGGUUGUCGGAUGUAGGGGCGCAUGCUUCCUCCCCGGCGUCGCCUCCGGCUGCACCGGACUGCUGCUCCUUUCUCUAUAAUACAGUAUAACGGCAGUGUCUGUCCCCUGACUUUUACAACGUACCUCAGUACUGUAUGCAAUUACUUGCCCUUGCUCGCUGUCCUCCGGCUGUCCGGGGCCCCGCCGCUCGGUCGUCUAUGCUUCUAAUUCAUCUUCCCUCGACGGCUGCUCCGUUAAUCACAAAAGGUCAUCUUGGCGCACCACCUCUCCCGUGGAUCGCGACUUCCGCUAGGCGGAUACCUACGUGUCUUAAGAACUAACAAAAUCUUAUUGAGAAAAGGAGAGGCCGCUCCUCCCCGCUCGGGGUAAUGAGCGGCCCCAAAUGACCUUUUCCCGGCCGGGCCAUCCGGCCCUUGUGACUGACGAAAAACGUCACGUCACAACGUAUCGGCUUGAUUAACUAAUGGCUGUCCCGACCCGCUCUUUGGCGGUUGCUUAAGUAGUGCCGCGGGUUUGGUAUAAUAGUGGGACAAUAGGCCCUCAGCAUCAUAUUUGGUCAUAUCCGCGCACAUCCGCGCGGGAAAUAUUUGCGAGCUUAGCAACAAUCGCCAAAACGCACAUAUGCAUGGUGGCAUGUUUGUUGCUAAACUGAACUUUGCUAAAUUUCACGAGAUGCCCGGUGCGUUGACCGGUGCGGUGGCUGGCCGGCAGCGCACGAGGCAUGUGUUACUCGACACCUCGCGAUAAUGAGUCUUCCGCGGCGAGCUCUAAUAAUAUUUUUUAAAUUUAAUUUUAAUAUUAUUUUAUUUACUAACGGUUGUGAGUGCCUCGCUUACAACAAGAUAUAGGAUUUAAAUGCAAACUUAAAACAAAAACUUUUUAUAAAACAUUUUAUACAGGGUCAUUCAGAACAACUUUAGGUCCGUAAAAUGACGUAUUCCUGACGCAAUUCUAAGACAAUUUUUCCUUUACCAAAAUUUUAUUUGAAGUGUAGUUUUUGAGUUAUAAGCCAAAAUAGUUAACAAAUUACAUGUCGAGUACAGAAGGCAGGCAGGAGCGGCGCGCCACGAGCAUAACGCGGGCGCGGCUGAUUAUCCGCGUCAGCUGACGGGUGAUUACCACCAUACACUUUCUCUCUCUCUCUCUCUCUCUCUCUCUCUCUCUCUCUCUCUCUCUCUCUCUCUCUCUCUCUCUCUUUUACACAAACACGGCAUACACAUCGCGUGUAGCAAUUAGCUGGUUGCAGCGUCCGACGGCCAGCGAUUUGGAACAACAUUUGGUUAUUACAGUGAUUUUAAGGUAUACGUGUUUCUAACAUAAUUCUAAGACAAUAUUUUCUUUACCAAAAUUUUAUUUAAAGCAUAAUUUUAUGUUAUAAGAUAAAAUGGUUAGCGACUUACGCGAUGGUAAUCACCCAUCAGCUGACGCGGAUAGUCAGCCGUGCCCGCGUUAAGGUGCAAUUUCAUUGACGCUAGAAACCAGCCUCAAAUGGAGAUCACGUGACUAAAUUUGACGCUUGUUUAAUGGAGGAAGAAGUAGCGGCAAAACAUGCGCGUCGUAAAACCGCCGCUUGUUCCCUAUGUCCAACAAGGUUAUGUAUUAUUGAGUACUGACUACCUUCAGUUAAUAAUCUGAUUUAUAUGAAUUGUGUAGUGAUUAAAUUAAGAACAUAAUGGCCUACAAACAGAAAUAUCGUGCAUGGAUGACAGAUCCUGCGAGGCAGGUGAAUAAUGCUCAAGAAGAACAACUCUUAAAUGACAUGCUACUAGUUGUCAUUAUGCAUGAAAUAUUGCGGAUGAAUUCGAAAAAAAGGAAACGGAUCUAUAAGAAAAAGCGUUUUUGGGUACAUCCUAUAUUUAGAUUGAGAGAUAAGCAUGGAUUUUACCAAGCAAUAUAUCCGACUCUGUCAAGAUAUGAACCAAAGUUUCAAAACUACAUGCGGAUGUCAUUAUCGCAAUUUGAGGAUCUGCUAGCUUUGGUUGCACCUUAUAUCACAAAAGAGACGGUGACUCGAGAUCCCAUACCUGCUGCAGCACGGUUAUCUAUGACAUUAAGAUACUUGGCUAUUGGUGAUUCAAUGAACUCCAUAUCGUAUCAGUAUCUUGUUGGAACUACAACAGUGUCAAAUAUUAUUACCGAGACAUGUGCAGCAUUGUGGAAUUGCCUUGCUAAAAAAGUACUUCCUUUUCCAUUAAGUAAAGAGGAUUGGCUCAAUAUUGAACGAGAUUUUAAAGAUCAGUGGAAUUUUGAUCAUUGUAUAGGCGCAAUAGAUGGAAAAUACGUUGCUAUUCAGUGUCCCCAUAAUGCUGGGUCAUUAUAUUAUAAUUACAAGAACUAUCAUAGUAUUGUAUUGCUUGGGAUAUGCAAUGCCAACUACAUGUUUACAUUCGUCGACAUUGGCGCUUAUGGCCGGCGUAGUGACGGUGGAAUUUUCUGAGAUUCUAUUGUGGGUCAGAAAUUUUAUAAUAAUGAAAUGGGACUGCCAGAACCUAAAAAACUCAUAGUCGAUGGUGAUCCUAUGCCAUAUGUUCUUGUCGGUGAUGAAGCGUUCCAGCUAAUUUUUUGUUAAGACCAUAUCCAGGAAAAGGAGGACUUACUCAUGAAAAAAACAUCUAUAAUUAUCGUCUCAGUCGUGCACGUAGAACAAUAGAAAAUACUUUUGGAAUUCUUGUGAGUCAAUGGAGAAUAUUGAAAAAGCCUAUUGACGCUUCUAUAAAAAACACAAUGCAAAUUGUACAGGCUAUCAUUUGCAUUCAUAAUUGGCUUCGAAAACAGGAUUUAGACAAAAAUGAGUAUAUUUCUGCGGAUAUGAUUGAUUGCAAUGGACCUAAUGGUUUUAUUCCUGGAAGUUGGAGGAAAGAAAUAGAUAGCAAUCAGGCCUUAAGAAAUCUUGGUAAUUGUGGCUCAAAUAAUUCUUCUCGAGUUGCCAUGAACAUCAGAGAUGAAUUUUGCGAUUAUUUUAACGGUGAGGGUGCUAUACCCUACCAAUAUCUUCAACAACAAUAAUUGAAAUUAUCAUUACGGAUUUGCAUGAAGAAAUUGGUAAUAAUCUGAAUAAAUAAAUAUUUGAUAUUUUUUUUAUUAUUGUAUGUCUAAAUUGUAUGUAUUCUCUAUCAUUGCACGUAUAUUUAUAUUUUGAAGGAAAAAAAAUUAAGACAAAAAUUAAAAACCAUACAUUUACUUAUUACAUACAUUUAUUUAUUUUAUUAAAAUUUAAG